UACAGAAUUAUCUCUAGUCACGUUCGCAGUAUUGUACAAAGUAUUCGAAAUACUGGCACAUAUUUAUCAAUUUGAAUUCACUGAUUAGAUAUAAAGCAUUUAUUGAUACCAUAAUUUUGUGGAUAUUGAUAUGUCAGAUUUAGAUAUGUAACUAUUUAUUGAGCAUAAUUAAAUAUAAUUCAUACAAUAGUUUGACAAAAUGCCUAUUAUUUUGCCUGACUCUGACAGCGAAGAUGAAUUACCACCAGCAUGGGAGGAAAGAGCCACUGCUGAUGGCAGCGUUUUUUAUGUGAACCAUAUCACUAAAGGAACCCAGUGGACUCACCCUAGAACAGGCAAAAAGAAAGUAGUCUCAGGUGAAUUGCCCUUUGGUUGGAUAAAACAAGUUGAUUCCGAAGGAAAAGUUUCAUAUUUUGAUAAAGAAAAUAAUCGCACAACAUAUACUGAUCCAAGGUUAGCAUUUGCAGUAGAAGAAAAAACACACCCUCAUGAUAUCAGACAAAGAUUUGAUGCCUCAACAACUGCUUUACAAGUAUUACAUGGUCGAGAUCUGUCAAAUAAAAUUGCAAUUAUAACAGGAGCCAAUUGUGGAAUUGGCUAUGAAACUGCCUUAACUCAAGCAAAACAUGGUUGUAAUGUGAUUAUGGCUUGCCGAAAUCUAAAUUCAGGAUUAGAGGCUAUUGAAAAGAUUAGGAAAGAAAAACCUGAUGCUGCGAAUAGGUGUCGUGUAAUGGAACUUGAUCUAUCAAGCUUGGAAAAUGUGAAAGCAUUUGCUUUACAAUGUUUGGAUGAGUUAAAAAAAGUUGACAUGCUUAUAUUGAAUGCUGGUGUUUUUGGCUUACCUUAUUCAACUACAGUAGAUGGUUUUGAAACAACAUUCCAAGUUUCCCACUUGUCACACAUGUAUUUAACACUUUUAUGGGCACCACUAUUAAAAAAAGGCAGUCGAGUAGUGUCUUUGUCAUCCGAAUCACAUAGAUUUGCAAAUUUUCCCAAAGAUAAUCUUACUCCAGAUUUAUUGUCAGUGCCCAUGCAAAAGUAUUGGUCAAUGAUGGCUUAUAAUAAUGCAAAACUGUGCAAUGUUUUAUUUGUGAGAGAGCUAUCAAAAAGAUGGUGGGCAAAUCAUGGUAUAUCAGUGUUUUCAGUUCAUCCAGGAAAUAUGGUAUCAACAAAUAUACAGAGAAAUUGGUGGCUAAUGAGAAUUCUAUUUGCUCUUGUUCGCCCCUUCACAAAAUCUUUGCAACAAGCAGCAAGCACGACAGUAUAUGCAGCAACCGCAUUAGAGCUUGAAGGUGUUUCAGGAAUUUAUCUUAACAAUUGCUAUUAUUGUGAAACUUCAAAAUUAGGCCAAAGUGAUACUCUAGCCAAAGAACUAUGGGACCUCAGCAUCAAAAUGAUAAGAGAAAAAAUGGGUGAUCAAGAAUUGCCUGAUUAUUGAAAUAUUCAAAUAACAAUAAUAUAUAAUAAUACUAUGGUAAUAAAUAAUUUGCAAGAUAUAUUUCAAGUAUUUGAUCUAAAAAUCAGAAACUUUUCCUUUUCUUUCCCAAUCCCCAUAACGUGUAGGCUCUGGGC